UCUCUUUUGCCGUCCAAACGCGGACAACAGACUGAACAACAACCGCACUGUACAAACGUCGCCGAGUGUUUCUAUAGAACAUCAGGCAUCAUGGCAGGCCAGACAGUAUCCAUGAAGGAACCAGUAUGUCUGAUAGAGAACGACAGUGAUGGGAAGCUGCGUGUGGUCCGCAGCGCACUGGGCAUCCUGGACCAGAUUGACCAGCAUGUGGUAGUGGUGUCGGUGGUCGGGCUGUACCGCACCGGCAAGUCCUACCUCAUGAACAAGCUGGCUGGCGAGAAAAAAGGUUUUGCCCUGGGAGCCACCAUCCAGUCCAAAACUAAGGGCAUCUGGAUGUGGUGUGUGCCUCACCCUGAAAAAAGAGACCACACCCUGGUGCUGCUGGAUACAGAGGGUCUGGGGGACGUGGAGAAGGGUGAUGAGAAGAAUGACAACUGGAUCUUUUCCCUGGCUGUCCUGCUCAGCAGUACUCUGGUGUACAACAGCCUGGGAACCAUCGACAACAACGCCCUGGAGAAACUACACUAUGUGACAGAACUGACAGAGCACAUCAAGGUGAAGUCCAACCAGCGAGACGGGGAGGAAUCUUCAGAGUACCUGCGUUACUUUCCUUCCUUUGUGUGGACAGUCAGAGAUUUCACCCUGACCCUGGAGGUUGAUGGGAGACCCAUCACAGCCAAUGAGUACCUGGAGAACGCUCUUAAACUGAGAACAGGUCAUAGUAAGAAAAAUCAGGCAUACAAUCUGCCUCGUAGCUGCCUGCGGAACUAUUUCUCUCCUCGCUGGUGCUUUGUGUUUGAGAGGCCAGCCAGCGGAGACAAAAUGAGACGUAUGGAGGAGCUGACCGACGCUGACCUGGAGCCUGCCUUUGUGGAGCAAGCCAAGGAGUUCUGUGACCACGUCUUCAAGGAGGCCAAGACCAAGACCCUGAAACAGGGCCUGAAAGUUACCGGCAGACUGCUGGGAAACCUGGCAGAGACGUAUGUGUCUGCCAUCCGGAGCGGGCAGAUCCCCUGCCUGGACAAUGCUGUGUUGGCUCUGGCCCAAAUUGAGAACUCCAGUGCCAUCGAGAGGGCCAGGGCCCACUACCAAAAGGGCAUGGCUGACUGGGUAGCCUACCCCACAGAGACCCAAGAGGAGCUGUCUGAAGUGCAUGCUGUCAUGGAGAAGGAGGCUGUGGCCAUAUUCAUCAACAACUCCUUCAAAGACGAGGACCAGAAGUACCAGUUGGAGCUCAUGAAAGUGCUUCAAGAGGAGUAUGAGAAGAUCUGUGAGAGGAACUACAAGGAGUCCCAGAAGGCAUGCGAGUCCAAAAUCGAAUGCAUCUUUGCCCCCUUGGAGGAGAAAAUAAGGGAUGGCUCCUACAUGACCCCUGGAGGAUACAAAGAGUACUGCAACGACCUGAAACUGGCCACCAGCGAAUACAGAUCUGAGGGAGGCAGGGGAGUGAAGGCUGAAGAGGUACUGAAGGAGUACUUGGAAAGGAAGGCCAUCAUUGGUCAGACCAUCCUGUCAGCAGACCAGUCCCUCACUGAAGCUGAGCAGAGAGCAGAAGCGGAGCAAGCGAAAAGGGAGGCAUCUGAGCGGGAGAAUCGAGCCAUGGAGGAGCAGCUGGUUGUCCAGGAGAGGUUGAGAGCGGACCAGCAGAGGACGUAUGAGGAGAAUGUGAACCAGCUGAUGGAGAGGAUGGAGAGAGACAGUAGAAAUGCCUUGGCAGAGCACGAUAGAGUUCUGCAGGCCAGACUUAAGGAGCAGAAUGACCUUCUCCAACAAGGGUUUGAUGACAGAGCACACCAAAUGCAAAGAGAGAUAGAUGCGCUUAAGGGUGCGAAGGCACAAGAGGAAGAGAAAAAACCCUCAUUUAUGAGCACAGCUCUGGAUACUGUUGGGACUGCAGCUACCUUGUUCCUUCCAGGAAUACUUCCCAAAGUAGGAGGAAUGGCUGUGAAAUGGCUGUCUAAGUGGUUCUGAUGUAGGUUCCCGAGGAGGAUGAUGAGCUAUUAUUCUUAUAGACAUAUGGAUUGACUGAAUGUGUAUUUAUUGGUAGUUGAUUCAUGGAUUUAGAUUAAGCACUCAGUCAAGGUUUUAUUUGAUGUUAGUUUUUUUUGUACGUCAUUUGAAUAAAUAAUUAGCAUGCCUAAUCAUAAUGAAGUAGAAUUUUUAGAAAGCACUCUUAAAAAUGGUUUUGCAUUUGUUUUACUAUUACCAAAUAGGCCUACUUCUUUUUAACACUGACGACAUUUACAUGCAGACCAAUAUCCUGUUAUUAUUCGGGAUACUCAAGUACUCUGUUUUUGAGUUGAUGCAUAUAAACGUCAUAUUCCAUUUACAAUAACCCGAAAAGCUUGUAUCCUGGUUAUGAGAAUCCCGUAUAAGAUGCCUGGGAUAUGCUGAUCUUAGACGGUAAACUGUGGCAUGUAAAUGUCCUAUUCCGUUUACUGUUUUCCACGGUCUGCACAGGCUCAAUUUCACAUAUCAUUGGUGUUGUGUGAUGAUGUUUUCAUCUGAUUGUCAAACAAAUCACUUUAAAAAGUAGGCUAAAAGAACAUUUCGAUCCACCAUGAUCAUUUAUUUUGCUGAUACUCCGUACUGGACCAUAUAGCCUACUGGCUACUUUCACCCCUAAUUUAGACACGUUUUAUCUAUAAUUUUUGAGAUUUGGUAGGCCAUAUUAUAAUUUCUGAGAUUUGGUUGGUCAUUUGUUUAUCAACUAUAGUUAGAUACAUGCAGCUUCUCGUCUGUCAUGACUAAAUAUUGUAGUGCUCACCAGAAUAAUGUCUUACAUAGAUAGCAUGAAGGCAUUAUUAAUGUAGUUAACACCGGUAUAGUUGUCUGUUUUGUUUAGGAACCAGGGAGAAAACGCAGUAACUCCAAAACAGUGGAACUAUUGGUCCUGUGCAAAAUGUCCAAAUGUCAUCAGUUGACUGGUUUUAAGGAAAUACAAAUUUGAGAACUAUAAAACAUGUUUCUGAUAAGACUUUACUUCGUCUUGGGUGAAUAUUUGAUGUCUUUGAAAUACUGGCUGGUUGCAGAAUAGUGUCAUAACAACGCAUUCACAUUUUCUCAAGAGAUGCUGAAAUAAAUAUUUCUCCACUCCUGUUCCCAAGACAAAACUAACAUUUAUUGUAUCAUUUUACUGCAAGAAAUGCAUAAUUCAGUAGGAGUUAAUAUUAUAUUACACUACAUGUGAGUGGUUAUAGGCCUAGAGUCAGUAUCCUUAUUUUCAGUUACUAUUCCAUUUAACCCAUUUGAAUUUAAAUUAGGA